UGUGUGUAUGCCCACGCUCAUUACGUGCCGCAGCCGUGUGUUUCUAAACUGUUUUCACUGUACGGUUUCAGACCAGAGAGGCAGUUACCAACAGAAGCAAGGCGGUUACAACCGAGCUCUGCUGGAUGACCUGGACAAGGAGCUCAACAACUACAUCAUGCGCUGUAGGGAGUGGUACGGCUGGCACUUCCCUGAAGUGGGGAAGAUCUUCACUGACAACCUGGCCUACUGCAAAAGUGUCCGGAAGAUAGGCGCUCGUACCAACGUGGCAACCACCGACCUGUCUGAGCAUCUCCCCGAGGAGGUGGAGGCAGAGGUCAAACUGGCUGCAGAGAUCUCCAUGGGAUUUGUAAGUCGCUCUGGAUAAGAGCGUCUGCUAAAUGACUUAAAUGUAAAUGUAGUGUGUGUGUGUGUGUGUGUGUGUGUGUGUGUGUGU